CAUACUCACCGUGUGAUUCGCAGCGGCUGUCAUGGCCAGCUUGUCGCGCACAAUUCUAAAAUGUUGUUGAGCUCUAGGCCUUUCCAGCGGGGCUCCGCAUGGAUCUGCAAGUCUUGCAUAGCUCGAUUUGCGACUUCCGCAACAAGGAAGCAUUCAAACUCUCCGAAUUCGCAAAUUUCCAGGCUUCCCAGCAAGCCUGCGCGUACUCGUUUUGCACCAUCUCCCACCGGGUACCUUCAUCUUGGAUCUCUACGGACGGCAUUGUUUAAUUAUCUCCUGGCAAAGCGUACCGGCGGCCAAUUUUUACUGCGAAUUGAGGAUACUGACCAGAAAAGGACAAUCCCUGGUGCAGAGCAGAGGCUGUGUGAGGAUUUGAAAUGGGCUGGGCUUCAAUGGGACGAAGGGCCGGAGGUCGGUGGCCCAUAUGGUCCCUAUAGACAGUCUGAGCGAACCCCGUUAUAUCAAGAGCAUGCGCAGAAGUUGAUUAAAUCCGGGCACGCUUACCGGUGCUUCUGUCCCUCUGAACGCCUACAUGCCCUCGCCCGGCAGAGGAAUAAGCUCGGUUUACCAACAGACUACGAUCGAACAUGUGCCAGUAUACCGGCCGGAGAAUCAGAGGAUCGUGCAGCAAAGGGAGAGUCGCACGUUAUUCGAUUAAAAGUACCAGACAAAUACCCGGACAUGGUGGAUCUCGUAUAUGGCAAGGUUCGAAAUACAAAGGCAGUCGCACCGUUCAAGCAUGGCGAGUUGUCUUUUGAGGAUCCCGUGCUCUUGAAAUCUGAUGGCCUUCCAACAUACCAUUUGGCAAACGUUGUGGAUGACCACCACAUGAAGAUUACGCACGUCAUUCGAGCGGCUGAGUGGAUAUCGUCGACUCCGAAGCACCUCUACAUGUAUCAUGCGUUUGACUGGGCUCCACCUGAGUUUGCGCACGUCGGGCUACUCCAGGACGAGAACGGACACAAGCUCAGCAAGCGCAACUUUGAUCUAGAUAUUUCUGCGUUCCGCGAUACAUGGGGCAUCUUCCCAGAAGCUCUUGCUAACUACGCCGCCCUACUCGGCUGGUCCCACAAUCAGAAGACCGAUUUCCUUCCCAUGGAUCAGCUGAUCAAAAAUUUUGAUCUCAAAUUCACCAAGGGAAACACCAUUGUAACAUUUGGCAAACUGUGGUACCUGCAAAAGGAAUACGCGCGACUCUAUGCCAACAAGAACACUCCCGAGUUCGAGGCUACCGUGGAUAAGAUUACCAACGUCGUGCGGAACCAUGCCGGGAUUAGCGAAACUGAGGAACUUCUCAAUGGUCGAGAUCUGCGUGAAUACGUGGCGGCAAUUUUCCGCGCCGACGCCAAAAAUUACACGAGUCCCGAAGACUUUCUCGACCGCAACGACCGGUUUUUCCAUCCAGUCAUCAAUGUACGAUACGAACCACUAGAGUCAUUCAGCAAGGAUCCCCUACCGCCGCCUCCCCCUACAAACCUGGCCAGUGCUGCCGAUAAAAUUUGCCAACUGGGCCCAGAGAGCUGGAAUGUUCCAGAUCUCAAGGCUAAAAUGAGCGCAAUUGUCGAAGAGGGCUCGAGGAUCAGUGCAGAAGACGUCUCCGGUGAAAUGACCAAAGAGGUGCAGGCUCUUCGCCGCAGGCAGAAGGCUUGGAACAGGGCUUUCUAUCAUUACAUGCGAUGGGCACUUUUGGAGGGCAAGCAAGGACCAGACGCAGCAUCCGUCAUGGUCAUUCUCGGACGCGACAUUACCCUGGAGAGAUUAAGCAAAGCGUCCAAUUUGGUGCGGGCUAGCCAACGCUCAAAUAACGAGGCAGUCGCAGCUGGAACACAAGCAUGAAAUGAAGGUGCUUGAAUAAUAGACUGAUUGUACAUUAGAAGGAGAUCUAGCUCGCUAGUAAAAGUAUCUCCGAUUCAUGUAGAUAGAAAUAUAGAAAAGGAACGCCAUCCU